AUGGCGGAUGAUGAUAAUGAAAUAUAUUUGAUGGUGAAAUUUGGUACUCUAGAUGAUAUGUGUGCAUAUGUAGAAGAAAGAAAUGAUGUGGUUAUGAUGGCGGAUGGUGAUGGACCUUGGUAUGACGGAUUAAUCGAUGAGUGGGAUAAGGAGCAUCGUGCUCGUGCCAUUGAAAAUGGACAGGUUGUAGUUGCUAUGCGCAUGAGGGGUCAUUCCGCUGAUGACUUUGAUUACGACCCGCGGUAUGAGCCUUACAUUCGGAGAUUGGGUCUUCUCCCAUUCGUGUUGCAGUUUAAGCGACGCGCUCCGCCGGUGAACCACGCGGCGCUGACCGCACUUGUGGAUCGUUGGAGGCCGGAGACUCACUCCUUCCACCUUCCAUGUGGGGAGAUGACGAUGACCCUACAGGACAUGGCUAUGAUAAGCGGCCUUCCUAUCAAUGGACAAGCUGUUACCGGUCGUGUCAGCGUGGGUAAUUGGCGAGAACGGACUGCCGAUUUAAUUGGCGUUCAGCCCGAGGGCCCUCAGGAAGGCAAGGCCGAUACAGCGAAAGUGAGGCAUUCUUGGCUAAAACUGGUCAGAGGAAACACCAACCCGUGCCCUCAGGAUGCCAAUGACGUGGUUGUGCAGCAGUACGCGCGGGCCUAUCUUUGGUAUGUACUAACCAAGGUAGUCUUCUCAGAUGCAACCGGGAACUCAGCCCUCUGGAUGUUCUUGGAGCCACUUAAUAACUGGGAUACCCAGUAUAGCUGGGGUUCGGCCGCACUAGCAUACUUGUAUCGUCAGCUUGACUUGGCGUGUCGGAGGAAGGGAGGUACAUCCUCAUUGUCUGGGUUUGUUUGGAGCCUAUCCGUGUGGAUGUGGGAGCGGAUCCCGGUUGGACGGCCCGAUUUGAAGAACCCCCUCAUGGCAAACCCACGGGGUAAUCAUGACGGGUUGCAUGAUGAUGAUCCAUAUCGGCGCCCUACGCUUGCUUACUAUUGGGAACAAGUGACAGUGUACACACGAAGCUCGCAUGUGCGAUACAAGUGCUAUAUGAACGAGCUGGACACCUUGACUGCUGAGCAGGUACAUUGGUUGCCUUAUGUGGAAGAUCGUGACUUUGAUCUUAAUGAGAUGUGCACGCGUUCGAUCGAAGGAACAAUCAGGAUAUAUCGGAUUGGGCAAACAAACACCGUGCGUGGAUAG